CACUUUCUCUAAUAGAAACCAUGAAAAUGUCCAACCUAAACAACUUCGCACGUAUCUAUGCUCUCUCCAUGUUUCUCCUUGUAUUUAUGUUCUUCAUCCACAGCCUCGCUUUCCGGCUUUCGUCCCUACGAUGCGCCACAAUCGCAGCGGUUGCAUUGAUGGUCUACCACACGUUCAUGGUGACUGAAGCAUACCACUAUGCGGUCCAAAUGAGAUGGUCCUGGGCAAGCAUGCGGGUGUUAAUACAAGAUGGGACGCAUUGUGUGUUCUUUUUGAUUGCUGCGGUGGAUAUUAUUCGUGAUAGUGGGAAGAGUGUAUUUUACUAUGCCUAUGGAGAGAAAAAGGGUUCAAUUUCCCUUUUAAGAAUCCAUACGAGCCCUCGAUAGGCUGGAAAGGAAGAUAGCGAAUAAACGAAUCCGCCCCAUGAGUCUCUCCAGCUGUCACCGCUACUAAUCGUGAUGAUUACUCAGUAUAGACUGAGCCGAGGACUAUAGUUUCUCUUCGAAAAUAAGCUUGAUGGAGCACUUGAC